GUUCGUUGACUUGCAGCUUCCAAUGAUAAGCAGAGUAAAUUACAGAGGGGUUGACCUUCAGUGUGCCUUCUUCUUCCUCGUCCUGCCAUCUCCUUGUUCCUUCCCCAGCAAGCAAGCCUUCGCACCCGACCUUGGAAUCGAGUAACGGUCCUCUCCCUUCUAGGAUAUCGAUAUGGGACAGAAAAUCUCAUUCGAAAGGAAAUUCCAGGGACAAGGGAGCUACUCACGGCUCAGUGGAGGUGAGCAUGAGCGUGAGCCCGAGCCCCCCAAACAGUCCACAAAGCGCGAACUUGGUAAGCUCGUGUUCAUGCAGGACUGUGGUUAUGACUUCGACGUGGAGGACAUGUUAAGGGCAUCAGCACAGGUUCUUGGCAAAGGCUCUUUUGGGACAUCAUAUAAGGCGGACCUGGAGGAUGGGCCCACCGUAGCUGUCAAAAGGAUGAAAAUGGCAAAUACUGCUAUAACCGAGUUCGAGGAACUGGCGAAAAAGAUCUCAAGUCUUAGGCACGAGAAUGUAGCUACCCUGAGGGCGUACUACUGUGACAAGGACGAGCGGAUUCUUAUUUAUGAUUACUAUGAUCUAGGAAGCAUGUCAUCUCUUUUACACGGUAAAAAAGGGAAGGUUGUGGCCCCUAUGACUUGGGAGGAUCGGCUUAACAUGGCCAUCGGAGCAGCAAGAGGCAUUGAUUACAUCCACAAGCAAGAAGGUGGGAAACUCUUCCAUGGGAACUUAAAGCCCUCAAACAUCUUUUUAAGCUCUCAAGGAUACGGGAUUGUGUCGGACAUCCUCUUCCCGUCUCUGAUGAACCAUGUUCAGCAGCAACCAAGCACCAAAUAUGAGGCCCCCGAAGUUGUAGUGAGUAGGCGGUUCCAGCAGUCGGAGUUUACAGCUUCGGGGUACUUCUGCUGGAGCUUCUUGUUAGGAAAUUUGAGCCCGCCCCGAGUGAUGGGGAGGUCAGAGACUUCGUUCAAUGGGGGCAGGUAGUGAGUAGAGAGGUGGAUAGCGGAGAAGUCUUUGAUGACCAUCUUAGGGAUCAACCGAGUAUACUGAAAGAACUGCAGGAGACAUUCCAUAUAGGGAUUCUGUGCGUGCAAAAGUGGCCCGAAGAGAGACCAAAGAUAUCGGAUGUGGUGAAAAGUUUGGAGGAAAUUCUUGCACUGAGGAAUGAGAAUUAAGGAGGACCAAAACCGGUUUUGAUAUACAAAAAUAUGCUGAAAGAUGCCGAUAUGUAAAACAAUGGUCACCCCCAAUACAAUUUGUGGCCGUUAACAUGGUUUUUGAAUCUUUUUAAUCGAAUGCAACAUCGGUGUUCUUUUGUCUGUCAUAAACAAACGCAGCAGCAUCUGCUGAAAAUUCAAGCACUUUAAAAAGCUAGACUGUUGAGAACAUUAACACAAGAUGUCUCAAAUAAUACAG